UAUGGAAACGCUGCGUCCGGAUAAACACAAGUUGGGGGGGGGUCCCUUUGCAGUAAAUGUGGGGUGGCUGGAGAUGAGACGCCAUUGUUGACGGGGUAGGGGAGGAGGGCCGAAGGUCUCUCCGUGUGAGGCUGAGCCUUGUAUCGACGGGAAGGAGAAGGGGAGGCAAUAAUGUGCGGUUUCACUUUGAUGGGAGGAGAGUUCUAGCGGGGCAGGGCGGGGAGGAAGAUUAAAGAAACAGCCACCGUGGAUCGGCGUCCUUGGCGGAGGCAGCCAGCCAGUGCAGAAUGGCUCACUCACAAGCUGAAAAUGUCAUCAAGAACAUCAUCCGUGAAAUAGGACAAGAAUGUGCCAUGAGGGGACAAACUGUGUCAGAAACUCUGGUGGCUUUCAUGGUGAAAGCUGUCGUAUUGGAUCCAAGGAAUGAAUUUAAUGUUGACAGGACUCUUACAAAAGCUGAUGUGCAAAAACUUAUUAAGCUUUGUGUGGACAGACUGCUUGACACACGAAAUCCGUCCCUGGACACCAUUAAGAUGCAAGUUUAUUUUGAUAUGAACUAUACAAACCGAGUUGAGUUAAUUAAUGAGCAGCAUCGUGUUCUGGAGUCCAGGCUUAGUCCUGUGAGCAGAGAAAUUACUGAUAACCGUGCUCGGACACGAGACGAACUGGAAAGUGUGUAUCGGAAGAUUGUCAGCUAUGUGCUGCUGCGCUCUGGCCUUGGAUCUCCUACAGAUGUCAAGGUCAUUAGAGAAGCAACUGCUGCCCUGCAGAGUGUGUUUCCUCAGACAGAGCUUGCUGCUUUCCUUUCUCUCGGUAAGAAGGAGAAAGAGCGGCAGCUGAAAGAACUCACCAUGAUUGUCACAGGAAUUCGGUUAUUCAACAAGGACUGUGGGAAAGGAGGAGAAGGCAUUGAUGAUUUACCAGCAAUCCUAAAUGAAGCUAUCCCAGCAGCCACCCAUCAUAUAGAUAUAGAGCUACAUUCUUCCCAGCAACUGGCACACCGCUACACAGCCAUGGUUGAAAUCAUGCACAAGAGCCAAAACGCUGAAAUGGAACUUAGAUUGACAAUGUUAAAAGAAGUGCUGUACAACGUGAGACAACACGAAGCUUUUCUCUGUGUUAUCCUGUCUGAUGUGAUCACCUGUGCACAAGAAGUUGAAAUGAUGCAGAAGCAGUUUGAAGCACAGAUGGAACACCUAAAAAAUGUGGUUCGGGCAAAGACAGCUGUGCCUACAUCUCAGGUUUAUCCCAUAUUUAUUGCACUUUCUAACCUCUGGACCAGUUUUCAAGACGAGAUACUUGUGCUCAGCUUCCUCAAUAACUUGACUGUCAGUUUCCAACAGUUCUUGGGAACUCACUCGCUGAUCUUUCCAGAAGAUGUGAUGGAGUCGCUUCUUGAAGACAUAACUGUGAAAAGUGAUGAGGAAAGGUUAAAGGAAACUGCUGAUUGCAAAGUAAAUCCUUCUGACUUUAAGAAAGAGGAAUGGCUUUUUCCAGAAACGACAGCUAAUUUUAACCAGUUGCUAAUCCAGUAUCAUGGGUUUUGUGCAUACACUUUUGCUGUGAAAGAUGGUCUUCUCCUCCCAGGAAAUCCUUCCAUUGGAGUUCUAAAACAUAAGGAGAAAUAUUAUGCUUUUACUUCCAAGGAAGCUGCAUAUGCUUUUGCCAAGAAUCCAGAGAAGUAUAUUAAGAUGACUGCAGAAAAAGCAAAGGAAUGUGCUGAGCUUAUUCAGCUACUUGAACUCCACCAGCAAUUUGAAUCCCUUGCCCCCUAUUCUCAGCUCAGAAGCACAGAUAAGCGUAUGAUGAAACCAAUCACAAAAUGUGACAGCAGUACUCAGACUGAUACCCAUAUCUUGCCACCAACUAUUGUGAAGGAUUAUGAGUGGAAUGAAUGGGAACUGAGAAGAAAAGCUAUCAAACUGGCUAAUUUGCGUCAAAAGUUAACGCAUUCAGUGCAGACCAAUCUCAGUCAUAUGAGAAGAGAUAACUCUAGCCAAGUGUACCCACCGAAGGAUUCCAGCACACAGACCAAACGUGAAAACUGUAGUAAUGUACCCAGACCCCAGAUUUUCCUGGCUGGUCUUCGAGGAGGAACACCCCCAACUACUCGUAUGACCAAAGUGAACUUGACAAGAGCAGUUGAUGAAACGUAAAUGAGAAAGUUAAAUGAAAAAUCCUUCCGCAAAGGAAUAUUUGAGAGAAGAAUACAUCUAUAUAGCUAAAUGCAUUUUUUCCCAUUCUUUAUCUGUUGAUUCAAAGGCAACUUUUAUUUAUAUCGGUAACAUGACCGGGGGGGGGAGCUUUAGGUAUCAUAGGUGAGCCACAGCUUAAAUCCUCUCUCUUAAGUCCUGACCCAGUGUGGCAUCCUAUAUUGAAAGCCUGUGGGGAAGCUAGCACUAGCUUCCUACACUGGAAUCUUUUCCCCAGCCUCUGGUUUGCUUCCCUCUAGUUCUGUCUCUUGGCUUUCAUCCUUUUCUUUCCCUUUGGUCUAAAGGAGCCUCUUAUCACCUUGUGGAAGAUAGGUGUAUAGCCAUGACAUCUUUAUGGAAUUUAGAUGUCCAUCUAUAUGGAGAUUUAGAUCCAUCUAUAUGGAGAGAACAAUUUCAGUUGCUGGAGAACAAAUGGAAAGGGUUGUUGCCCUUUCCAUUUGUGAUUGUACAUUUCCCAGAAGCAUCUGGUUGGCCACUGUAGAAAAUGGGAUGCUGGAAUAGAUGAAAUUUGAUCUGAUCUUUUUUUAAUGUUCUGAUUUGAGGUGCACUGACACCACUGCAGCAAUAUGAGACCGCUUUGUGAACUGCAAUGAUCUGUGCAAAAAUAGAUUAAAAUUUUAAAUAUGUGAGCUGUUUUCCACAAUGAGAUAUCUGGUUAUGACUGUUAAGACUCUUGAGAACUUGCCACCUCUUGUAAAUUGGGCCCUUUUGCCUGUUUUCUUGGGAAUAAGUCCCAUUGUAUUCGGAAGGGCUUACUUCCAAGUUAUCCAUUGGUUUGUAACCAGAGGGUGUUUGUUUUGUUCACAUGGGCUCUUGCUGCUGCAAUUAUUUUCUGUUGCUUAUACAGACAGUCAAGUUUGUUUAUGGUCAAAGACCAGAAUUCAAAACAUAUGUACAAAUAAGAAUCAACAGUGCUUACAGUAGUCUGGUAUAAUGUCUCAGCAUAACAAAUGAACUCCAAGUUACACGAGCUGGUCUACUAUCUGAUGCCUAACUUUCCUAGCCACCACACAGAAUUUUGCUACAUUAGUCAUUAUCUCCUUCUUCUGUAAUUAACAUAAAAUAUGUCUGUAUGCCCUGGAUAAUCGACCAAUAGCAGAGCAAUAAAAUGUUGACGAAAGUCCCUGUAAAGGGAACAGUAAAGUAAAAUGUGAAAAAUUGAUUCCCGAUCUCCAGAAUCACACAGGCACAGUCUCUGUUCUAUAGGAAUCCUUCUGAACCUACCCUCCAAAUCAAACAAAGGUAAUACAUUAAAUUGGGCCAACAUGAACAUCCAAUUGUAAGUUUAUCUAAAUAACUUGCAGGUUUGUUGUUAUAGGACUGUAGUCCCCCAAAAACUUACUUGAGGAUUAAAGACCGAUCAAUUUGCGCCUCCA